GUGGUGGUGUGGACUUCCUCCGGAAUGGCCAGGCAUCUCCGGUUCCUGAUUCUGGCCUCAGUUCCUCUUCUACUUCGUCCAGCCUGAGCCUCGGAGGCAGCAGCUCCAAUCUUCCUCACCUGGCACAGGAAGAGGUGGAGCAGAUGGAGAGCAGCACUGAAGAUGACGAGAAGAGCAGCAAACUCAUUGAGUUUCUCACUAACAGGCCUUUUGGACCAUUGUGGAGCCAUGAAGACAUCACUCCUAAGAAUCAGCACUCAAAGAGCACCGAACAGCUCACCAACUUCCUGAGACAUGUAGUGUCUGUGUUCAAAGAGUCCAAAUCAGACAUUCGGCUUGAGCAGCAGUUGAGUGAAGUGGCGUUGCAGAUGGCUCUGUGCAGCUCCUCCAGACAUUACGCUGGAUGUUCCUUCCAGGUGUUCAGAGCUCUGCGGCAGCCCCUGUCAGCGCUGGCCGUGUCCGACUUGCUUUCACGCUUGGUGGAGGUGGUCGGGGAGCACGGGGAGGAGGUUCAGGGGUAUGUGAUGGAGCUUCUCCUCACUCUUGAGUCAGUGGUGGAUAAUCUAGCUGAGUGCCUGAAGAACAAUGACUUCUUUGUUAUACUACGGGCAUCUUCGCCAGAUCUUCCAUCCAGCGGCAAGUUAACACUAAACCGUAAAAGCACCAGUCAGCUGGACCUGAUCCCAGGAUCAGGCCCUGCUUCUGAGCGAACACGCCACCAGCGUAGCUACUCCGUACCCAAGCGUUUCGGCGAGCCUGAGCGUUCCUCCGAGGUUCCCCGAAGCGCCACCUUGGAUCGCAUCCACCAUCAUCAGAGCAGUAUUUCCAAGCUCAGAUCCCUGUCCUCAUCAUCUUCCAGAGACAACGUGGUCUCCACCGACCCAACCAACGCCAACCAUCCUCGCAACCUGCUGGCCACCAUCUUUUGGGCAGUGGUGUCACUCAUGGAGUCAGACUUUGAGUUUGAGUACCAGAUGUCCCUCAGUUUGUUAGGGAAGCUGCUAGGCCACAUUUCAUUGGAUAAGCAGGAAUACAGAGAAAAGCUGGAGAAGAUCCAGAUCCAGCUAAAAUGGAAGGAGUUCUCUGGGCUUCAGCAGCUGCUUCUGAAGGGCUUCACCUCUGCAAACACCACAGAACUCACCUUGGAGAUUUUCAGCCAGCUUACGCCCGUCUCACGCCUACCUGUGGUGGACACCUCACAAGCCAUUGGUUUCCCAUUGAACGUGCUCUGCCUCAUCCCCCAUCUUGUGUUACAUUUUGACUCACCUACUCAAUUCUGCAAGGAUGUGGCUGAGAGAAUUUCCCAGGUUUGCCUUGAGGAAAAAAACUCCAAGCUGUCCAACCUUGCCCAUGUGAUGACACUGUACAAAACACACUCCUAUACCCGUGACUGCUUCUCUUGGGUCAAUGUGGUGUGCCGCUACCUACAUGAAGCGUUCAGUGACAGCACACUCAGCAUGGUUACUUACAUGGCGGAGUUGUUGGAGAAAGGAUUACCCAGCAUGCAACAAACUCUUCUGCAAAUCAUCUAUAGUCUACUGAGUCACAUGGACCUGAGUGGUAUUCAAGCCAAACUCUUCAACAUGGAGGUUCUAACAACCAUAGAGAAGUUUGUUCAGACUGCACACUGGAAGGAAGCCUUGAACAUAUUAAAGCUGGUGGUCUCCCGCUCGGCUAGUCUGGUUUCGCCUUCAUCCCCGCAGAGUAACGCAUCCACUGUGGAUGUCAGGCGUGUUUGGGACACACCCUCCAAAGCCCUGCCUGGAAAGACCCUUGACUUUCACUUUGACAUUUCAGAGACACCGGUGAUUGGCCGGCGAUAUGACGAGCUUCACGGUUCUCCGAGGCAAGAUGGGAAGAAUGGAGGAGGGGUUACUGUGACACGCAGUACCUCCUCUACAUCCUCGGGCUCCUACCAAAACAACCACGUGCUGGUGCCUGUCAGCUGGAAACGACCACAGUCUUCACAGAAAAGAACUCGUGAGAAGUUGGUGAAUGUAUUAACUUUGUGUGGCCAAGAAGUUGGACUCACCAAAAACCCAUCUGUGAUUUUCUCAUCCUGUGGGGAACUGGACCUGAUUGAGCACCAGCCCAGUCUGGUGUCAUCUGAGGACGGCACACGGGACACAGAAAACAUGGAUGACACCACUUCAGAACAGCAGUUCCGUGUAUUCAGAGACUUUGACUUCCUGGAUGUGGAACUGGAAGAUGGAGAGGAGAUGCAGGGUGAGACAGUUGACAGCUUCAACUGGGGUGCGCGGAGGCGUUCCAUUGACAGUCUGGACCAGGCUGAAGCCCAACCAAUGGAGGAGGACCGCCAGCUCUCAGGAAGCUCUCCAAGCAUGUGUCCAAUCGUCCAUGAUGAUUCUGACGAGUCUUCUGAGGAAGAGUCCCUCACAGCCAGCCAGAUCCUCUCAGCCUCACAACUAAAUAUCAGCCUGUCUCCUACUGAGAAACUUAACCCCAUGGACUCCCCUCCCAUCUCCUUUGACAACACUCAAGCUGACCCAAUUCCUCUUUCCACCCCAACGCCCAGCUUUGAGAUCUCAGUACCCGAGGGCUCGAACCAUCGGGCUGAGGAUUCAGCUGAAGAAGAAGAAGCCAUUGUUAAUGAGAACGAUAUCUCACUCUGCAUUUGUGAGUCGCCUCCUGCCUUUAGUUGUUCUGACAUCCUAACAGCAGACACACCCCAGAAGGAAAACAACUUCUUUACUGACAACGAAACAAGCUGUGUACCCAGUGGGUUUGGAGACCAGCAGAGCUCUGUGGCACAGGCAGAAGAGGAAAAGGAAGAGCUGUUGCUAGAGUCCCGUUCCUCCCCUCCGCCUUCUCCCUUUUUCUCCGCCAUCCUGGCCGCCUUCCAGCCGACUGUGUGCGAUGAUGCCGAGGAGGCUUGGCGCAAUCAUCUCAACCAGUUGGUGGCUGACUCGGAUGGUUCCUGUGCGGUUUACACAUUCCAAGUCUUCUCCUCACUCUUUCAGAGUAUACAGACCAAGUUCUGCACCUUGACCUGUGACGCUGCUGGUUAUCUUGGCGAUGGCUUCCGUGGAAUCGGAGCAAAGUUUGUAAGGUCGUCCCAGAUGCUGACAUCCUGCUCCGAAUGUCCCACGUUGUUUGUCGAUGCAGACACUAUUGUGUCUUAUGGGCUCUUGGAUAAGAUGAAGUUUAGUGUGUUAGAGCUGCAGGAGUAUCUAGAGACCUACAACAACAAAAAGGAGGCAGUCAAAUCAUGGCUACGCAACUGCAAGGCCAGUUUCCCCAAAUGCACUGGAGAUGGAGUGAUCACCUAUCAGCCCGCUGAAACAGAGGAGAAGCAAAUGGAAUCUCUUGCACAACUGGAGCUUUGUCAAAGAGUCUACAAACUCCACUUUCAACUGCUGCUGCUUUUUCAGUCUUACUGUAAACUGAUUGGCCAAGUUCACGCUAUAAACUCUGUACCAGAGCUGCAGAACAUGUCCAGGGAGUUGAGUGAGUUGAGGAGUAACCUGCGGGCAGCAGCAGCCUCAGUGGCCGAUGAGACAGCAGCCGAGCAGAGAGAUCCUACUGCUGAAUCCCCCUACAGCUCCUCUGAGGCUGCUGUGCAGGCCAUUCUAGAAAGCCUGAAAACCAACGAGUUCUCCAGAGCCAUCCUUUACAUACAGGAAUGCAGGAAAAUGUGGCCAUGUGACAUCUUCGGCAGCAGCUCUGAGAAUGAGAUUCAGACUCUACUCAACAUCUAUUUCCGGCACCAAACUCUGGGUCAGACGGGAACCUUUGCCCUGGUCGGUUCCAAACAAGACCUGUCUGAGAUAUGCAACCGACUCACUGAGCUCAACUGUGAGAUCCGAGACAUGAUUCGACGGGCGCAGGGCUACCGGGCCAUCACUGCCUUCCUUCCUGACUCCAGUGUGACCGGCAUCAGCCUUUGAGUCCAACUUCAAAGGGUUAGUUCACCCAAAAAUGAAAAUUAGGCUGCGUUUUACUCACCCCCGAGGCAUCCU